AUGGCGGGUUCAAAGGCGGCUACUGUCGUCUCUACUGACGCUGCAGCGAGCGAUGAUGUGCUAGCGACAUCCCCUUCUAGCAGGGCACAAAACUCGACAGCGCCGAAUACGACAGCACUUGAGGAAGACCGCAAGUCUGACGAUGGCUUGAAUCUAAAAGACCCUGAGCGAAACGAGGCCGAUGACGAGAGACAGCUGGUGAACGGCGGCGUUGUUAUCCGUGACGGCAAUGAUGUUGCAAGAUAUGUUGUGUCAACGCAAGACGAUGGCGAUCGGGCCUGCACCUUUCGAUCUUUCAUCAUUGGAUCCGCCUGUAUCAACCAGAUCUACUUCUAUAAGCCCGUAGAUGUUUCUUUCGCUUCGGUCUUCUUGUGUCUGAUGGCAUAUGUGAUCGGCGUGGCAUGGUCUGUUGCUCUGCCGCGCCGACACCACGUUGAGAAAUUCCUACCGUCUCAGGCGAGAUGGCUCGGGCCAGUCGUUCACUUCAUCAACCCUGGCCAUUUCGGAUUGAAGGAGCACGCGGUGGCUUCAAUCCUUUCCACGUCUAGCGGAAACGGUGCUGCCAUCGUGCAGGUAUUCGGCGCAGAGCGGCUAUUCUAUGACCGAAGCACCGAUACGGCCACAGCUAUUCUGACUGUUUUCUCAGCUUCAAUCUUCGGAUACGGUCUUGUCGGACUCUUGCGCUCGAUUCUUGUUCAUCCCAGUGAGAUGGUCUGGUGGCAAUGCCUCCCUAUGAUUUCUAUCUACCAGACUCUUCACCGCGAUCCCAAGGGUAACAAUCGAGAACGUCUCCGCAUGUUCGGAUUCUCUUCCAUCGGCAUGUUCAUCUGGGAACCGAUCGCAUCGUACAUCUGGCCUUGGUUGAACGGCAUCUCCAUCCCCUGUCUUGCAUCAAUGAAUGCGGCCCCUCCAACGCGCAAAGUCCUGAUGACCAUCUUCGGUGGCAUUUCUUCCAACGAGGGACAGGGCAUUCUCAAUUUCUCUCUUGACUGGCAGUACAUUACUUCCCGGUACAUGUCUCUUCCGCUUCUGCAGCAAGCCAACUCUUGGGUGGGCAUCGUCUUGUCAUACAUCAUGUGUUUUUCUCUCUAUUACGGCGGCGCAUGGGGUGCCAAAAGGUUCCCGUUCAUGUCGACAGCCAUGUUUGACGCGAAAACUGGCAAGGUAUACAACCAGACUGCUGUCUUUGGCCAGAAUGCCAUCCUGGAUACCGAGGCACUUGAAAUACACGGCCUUCCGCGACUCACUGCGUCGAACGUCUGGGCAAACAUGGCGGCGAUGGCUGCCAUUGGAGCCUUGAUCACUCACAUCUCACUUUUCUACGGCCCUCUAAUCAAGAGGUCUUUGAUACAAGCUUGGAAGAAAACUGAAACAGACCCUCACUACAAGGUCAUGCAGGAGAACUACAAGGAUGUGCCCAUGUGGUGGUAUCUUGCGAUCCUUCUCGUUGGCUUCUUCACUGGACUUGGGGCCGUCAUCAAAGGACACACAACUCUGGAUGCAUGGGCUUAUGUCUGCGCAAUUAUGCUCUGCGGUGUCUUGCAACCGGGUAAACCAGUUGCAAACCUCUACUUCUCCAUGUUUAGUCACGAAGUCACGGUUCUCUCUGUGUUUCUGUCUACCGACCUUAAGAUGGCACAGUAUCUCAAGAUUCCUUGGAGGACCAUGUUCCUCCUCCAGACGUGGGGAAGCCUGUUCGGAACGGCUUUGAACUACGUGAUCAUGGAUACGAUUGUCGCCAACCGGCGAGAGAUUCUCUUAGACCCGAUCGGCAACCAAGUUUGGAGUGGACGCAAGAUCCAGUCUCUCAACACGACUGCCGUAACCUGGUCUCUCGCAAAGUACGUCUAUGGCUUCAACAAGGACGGAUACGGUUGGAUCCCUCUCUCCAUUGUGAUCGGUGCUGCGAUUCCUGUCGCUCUAUGGCUUGUCUCGCGCAAGUACAAGACGAUUUAUGGCUGGGAGGUCCGGAAGCUCGUCACCCCUGUCGUAUUCCACAACGCCUCAGAGACAACAUCCGGCACGACCUCAGUCAUCUGGUCCCAGGUCGCCACCGGGCUGUGGUCACAGUGGUACAUGCGUCUCCGACACCCUGCGUGGUUCGGCAAGUACAAUUACAUUGUCGGUGGUGGCCUUGAUGCAGGUGCAAAGGUCAUGAUGUUCGUCCUUACCUUCGCAGUAGCUGGAGGUUCUGGAAAAGAAGUCCCUUUUCCCACGUAUGCUGAUUACUGCGGCACUGGUUGA